AUGGACAAGUCGAAUGCCACCCACAUGGAAGUGUCGGCCUUCCCAGACUCUCACGUAGUCGACUCGUACGCUGUCGACAACAAGGAUGAACAAGUCACAGUCAUCGGUACCAUGGGCCAGGACCCUGAUCAUAAACAACCAGUGACCUGGAGAGCAUGGGCCAUCGUUGCCAUCUGCGCCCUGGCUACGUUCCAGAACACAUACUACGGUAUCGCCCCUGCUGCGAACCAAUACGCCAUCGCUGGAGCUCUACAGGGCACUGCAAGUCAAAGAAUCUGGAUCGUCCAGGCUGCUGCCGUUCCUGCUAUCGCUUUCGGCCCGAUCUUUGCCAUCAUCUCGGAUGUCUACGGCCGCAGAUAUCUCAUUCUCGUCGUCUGGAGUCUUUUCGCUAUUGGCUCUAUCGUGUCUAUGACUGCCAGUGGUAUGACUGCUGUCAUUGCUGGUCAGGCCCUCUCUGGUAUUGCAUCUGGUAUCUCUGGUAUCAUGUUUGCAGUUGCAUCUGAAGUCCUUCCCGGAGCUUACCGCGCUUACGGUCAAACUAUCGUCAGUUGGGUUUCAGGUCUUUCAUCCCUCGUUGCCCUUCUCCCCAUCGGAGCCGCCACAACUGCCGACCCCGUAAAUGGCUGGAGAUGGGUCUUCCGGAUCAAACUCAUACUUGAAUGCCUCGUCGUCAUCGGUAUUGCGGCUCUAUACUUCGUAAGUUAUCUGUUAUUGAACUUGUUUACUGCGCUGACCAUGCAUGAUGCANNGCCCCCUCCUCGUACUGCCGCUAGUAAGCAGUCGCUUGGUCAAAAGCUCAAGGCUCUCGACUGGAUCGGUUACAUCCUACUCCUGGGCGCUCUUGUUCCGUUCUUGAUGGGCUUUGCUUGGAGUGGUGAUUCCAAUUAUGGUUGGGCAAACAAGACUCACACCGUUGUUCCUGUUGUUGUUGGUGGUGUCCUCUUCAUCGUCUGCUUAAUCUAUGAAUGGAAGGGAACCAAGACGGGUUUCCUGGACCACCGCCUCUUCCAAAAUGGACGCAACUUCCCCCUCUGCAUGGUGCUCAUCGCUGUCGAAGGUUCGCUCUUCUACCUGAUGAACAAUAUCUACCCGUCUCAAGUCAACGGACUCUGGGAGCAGCCGGGAACCAUCAAGGCCAACGCAUAUCUCCUCCCCUUCUUCAUGGUUAUCACCGUUGUCUCGCCCUUCCUCUCCAUCUACGUUACCAAAUUCAGAGAUGUCAAGUGGCCCAUCUUCGUUGGCUUCAUUUCUUUCAGUGCUUCUGUCAUCGGGCUCGCUCUUGCUGGCACCAGUGGCAAAAUGGGCCUUGUAUUUAACGGUAUUGGGGGCUUGGGUUUUGCUCCCGUCCUGAUCCUGAUCAUGGUCUGGGUUCAGGUAAGCAACAGGCGUUUUCUUGAAUUGCCUAGCAACAAGCUGACAACAUCACUUAUANNGAACUCAACCCCUCCACUCUUCAUCGGUACCGCUUCAGCUCUUACCAUCUCCUCUCGCACUCUUGGUGGUACUGUCGGCCUGGGUAUCGCGAAUGCAAUCUACGGAUCUCUCACAAACACUCAGAUUCCUGAGUCUAUCAUCGCUGCCGUCGCUCCCCUCGGCUUCAACCCAGCCCACAUCGGCCAGCUCAUCGUAUUCUACUUUUCUGGCCAGGGCCUCGACAAGAUCCCAGGAAUCAACGGACAAAUCCUCGGUGCUGGCCUUGCAGCGCUUCAUAAGACAGAGGCUCACGCAUACCGCGUUGUCUGGUUUUCCUUCUUACCCGGCUGUAUACUCGCAAGCGCUAUUUGCCUCUUCAUGCACAACUCGAGCGAGAGAAUGAAUUGGGUUGUCGAUGCCCCUCUCGAGACAAAGGCUGAUGCACUCUCCGCCAAGGAACAAGCAUUGGAGGCAGACCACGCAACCGUUCACAUUCCUACCUUGAACGACAACGUCGAGGUCGAGCUGGUCGAGCGCAGAUAG